AUGAGCUUCAACCAGGGGACGGCCUACGCCGAGUCCGACGCCGACGAUGAGUACGAACGUGACCUCCACGAGAGCUCUCCCGUAGAUGCUACCGAUGCCUCCUUCUCCCCGACCGACUCGGACCCCCCAUCAAACGAACACACACCCACGACCUACGGUUACCGGUCGAGCGCAGACCGCCUGCCCGAGACAAUUAUAACAGAAUGGACUGCCGAGGAGUGUGCCGACUUCAUUGCGACCAUCGGGCUACAGCAGUACUCGGAUCGAUUCAUAGAGAACGAGAUUGUUGGCGAAGCUCUGGUGGCCUUGCUACACGACGACCUCAAGUCCAUGGGCAUUUCCAGUGUUGGACACAGGUUGACCAUCCUCAAGAGCGUUUACGAUGUAAAGAAGGCACAGGACGUGCCUUUAGAGAGCGAUCAUUAUGUACCCUUGUCUGCCGACGCCGAGGCCCAAUAUGCUACCGCGACCCUGAAGGACAUCAGACACCUGGUGGAACAAUUAAGACUACGAGAUGAGCGAAUGAACCUUUUCGAGCAAGACUUCAGGAGGUUAAGCGAAGAUUUCCGGAGGCUACGAGAAGACAUGCUACCAGCCCUGCGCCUUGCCAAAGAUGCGGCACAACCUCUGCCACACGUCAGCAAUGGCUACGACACGACCGUGUCCCCACCAGCGCCCACACCGUCCACAAGUAGUCAGUCUGGCGGAGGACUUAAGCGGCAGUACUCCACCAAGAAGAUCAUCCUGGGGACUACGCCUAAGGCGACCUCCCCCUCCCACCAGCAGACAAGCCACGACCGAGGCCUAGUGGAGCAGACCCUGGAUCCGUCCAGCGCUGCCGAGAGGGCAGUGCUAUCCUCAUCACACCUGGCCGCCAUGAACGGAGCCGGCGGCCCGAGUGCAGUCUCGCCGGGCUACCCAUCACCCAAUAUACCCUCACCAACCUCUCCACCAAGUGUCGGUGGAACCACCUUAGCUUCACGAUCCUACCGUGCCGACCAGCCCACGCCUUCCAGCCGCUCGACCUUUUCCCAGUCCGAACACAAUUACGAUCCCCCCCGCGAGAAGCCACCGGCACCACGACGAGGCCAGACACCCGCCCCUGACACGCCGAGCAGCAGCUCCGUCGAGAUUUUCAAGUCCUUCCGCGUGAGCCUCGACGACCCAUGUUACAAGGUCUUACCAGCAGCCCUCAAGAAAUACCAGAUCAACGCACCGUGGGACCAGUAUGCGUUGUACAUUGUGUAUGGCGACCAGGAGCGCUGUCUAGGCCUUGAGGAGAAACCGUUGAUACUGUUCAAACAGCUGGACAAGGAGGGCAAGAAGCCCAUGUUUAUGCUGCGAAAAACGAACAACGCGCAUGUGGACAUAUCGGGUGAGGCGCCGGGGAGCGCUGGACUGGGAUCUGCCAGCGCAAGGGGCGCAGCGACAGGCUAUGAUCCCCCAGGUGGCAUCAUAUGA